CCGGUGAGUUGCAGCUAUCGCGAGAGCACAACUCGGAAGUCACACGUCUGGAGCCGGUGGCCGGGGAACCCACGUGUAGCGGGCUUGGGGUCGCGGUCCGCAGAGGCAGUCCGGCCGGAGGCGCGAUGGGGAAGCUGCGCCGGCGGUAUAACGUCAAGGGGCGGCAGCAGGCGGCCCCCGGCCCCUCGAAGAGCGCCCCCGAGCCGCCUCCCGUGCGGCUGGAACUGGAGGACAAGGACACGUUGAAAGGCGUGGAUGCUAGCAACGCGCUUGUCCUGCCCGGGAGGAAGAAGAAGAAGACCAGAGCCCCGCCCCCGCGGAAGGAGAGGAAGCCCCUGAGCAGGAAGGAGCGGAAGGCCCUGCAGAGGGUCCUGGAGCAGAAGGAGAAGAAGAGCCAGCGAGCGGAGCUGCUGCAGAAGCUGAGCACGGUCCAGGCGUCGGAGGCCGAGAUGAAGCUGUUCUACACCACGUCCAAGCUGGGCACCGGGGAGCGCAUGUACCUGCGCAGAGACAGGAAGUCCGACGAGGCAGCAGCCCAGGGUCAGAAGAUCAGCAGCCUCGGUGGGGCCCACCGGAAGCGCCGUCGCGAGCCGUCCGCAGAGGAGGGAUCUGAGUCCUCGGCGUCCUCAGCGGAGUCUGAGCCUGACGAGGCCCCGGCCUCUGAGCUGCCUGGUGCAGAGACAGUGGCAGUGCCUCUGACACCAGCUUUGCCAGGGCCCGAGGACCAGAGCCUGGCACCCCCCUGCCAGCCCACUGCGUCCGGGACCCCUGCUCCUGCAGCUGCAGCGCUGCCCAGGCCGCCGGCGAAGCCCGCUGUGUUCGUCCCCGUGCACCGCUCCCCUGAGAUGCAGGAGGAGCGGCUCAAGCUCCCUAUUCUCUCUGAAGAGCAAGUGAUCAUGGAGGCGGUGGCCGAGCACCCCAUCGUCAUUGUGUGCGGCGAGACCGGCAGUGGGAAGACGACACAGGUGCCCCAGUUCCUGUACGAAGCAGGCUACAGCAGCGAUGACGGCAUCAUCGGCGUCACCGAGCCCCGCCGAGUGGCUGCCAUGGCCAUGUCCCAGAGAGUGGCCAAGGAGAUGAAUCUGUCGCAGCGGGUCAUCUCCUACCAGAUCCGGUAUGAAGGGAACGUGACCGAAGAGACGAGGAUCAAGUUCAUGACGGACGGGGUGUUGCUCAAGGAAAUCCAGAAGGACUUCCUGCUGCUGAAGUACAAGGUGGUGAUCAUCGACGAGGCCCACGAGAGGAGCGUGUACACCGACAUCCUCAUCGGCCUGCUGUCCCGCAUCGUGUCCCUGCGGGCAAAGAGGCACCUGCCGCUGAGGCUGCUCAUCAUGUCGGCCACGCUGCGGGUAGAGGACUUCACCCAGAACCAGCGGCUCUUCGCCCAGCCGCCCCCCGUCAUCAAGGUGGAGUCCCGGCAGUUCCCGGUGACGGUGCAUUUUAACAAGAGGACCCCACUGGAAGACUACAGUGGCGAGUGCUUCCGGAAGGUGUGCAAGAUCCACCGGAUGUUGCCUGCAGGUGGCAUCCUGGUGUUCCUGACGGGGCAGGCCGAGGUGCACGCUCUGUGCCGCAGGCUCAGGAAGGCCUUCCCACCCUCCAGGCCCCAGGCCAAAGAAAAGGAAGACGAGAAAGACUCGGCGGAAGAAAUGCGGAAGUUCAAGAAGUCGCGGGCCAGGGCGAGAAAGGCUCGUGCCGGCUCGACACUGCCCCCGAUCAACCUGGAUAACUACUCGGUGUUGCCGGCGGGCGAGGGUGACGAGGACCGGGAGGCAGAGAUGGACGACGAGGAGGCGGCCCUGGGCUCCGACCUCGAUCUGGACUUGGGGGAUGACGAGGCGGACGGAGGCGAGCAGCUGGACGCCUCCCUCCCCCUCCACGUGCUCCCGCUCUACUCGCUGCUGGCCCCAGAGAAGCAGGCGCAGGUCUUCAGGCCACCCCCAGAGGGCACUCGGCUGUGUGUGGUGGCCACCAACGUGGCCGAGACGUCCCUCACCAUCCCCGGUAUCAAGUACGUGGUGGACUGUGGCAAGGUCAAGAAGCGCUACUAUGACCGUGUCACGGGCGUGUCCUCCUUCCGCGUCACCUGGAUCUCCCAGGCGUCGGCCGACCAGCGGGCAGGCCGGGCGGGCCGGACAGAGCCUGGCCACUGCUACAGGCUGUAUUCGUCUGCAGUUUUUGGUGACUUCGAGCAGUUUCCUCCUCCAGAAAUCACCCGGAGGCCCGUGGAAGACCUGGUCCUGCAGAUGAAGGCGCUGAGCAUUGAGAAGGUCAUCAACUUCCCCUUCCCGACGCCCCCCUCUGUGGAGGCCCUGGCUGCUGCCGAGGAGCUGCUGAUCGCGCUGGGGGCCCUGCAGGCCCCCCCGAAGGCAGAAAGGGUGAAGCAGCUGCAGAGCUCACGGCUGAGCUGCCCCAUCACGGCGCUGGGCAGGACCAUGGCCACCUUCCCCGUGGCACCCCGCUACGCCAAGAUGCUGGCCCUGAGCCGGCAGCACGACUGCCUGCCCUACACCAUCACCAUCGUGGCCGCCAUGACUGUGCGGGAGCUGUUCGAGGAGCUGGACAGGCCAGCUGCCAGCGAUGAGGAACUCGCUGUGCUGAAGGACAAGCGGGCCCGGGUGGCCCAGAUGAGGAGGACGUGGGCAGGGCAGGGGGCGUCCCUGAAGCUUGGUGACCUCAUGGUGCUGCUGGGCGCUGUAGGAGCCUGCGAGUACGCCGGCUGCUCGCCCCGGUUCUGUGAAGCCAACGGGCUGCGGUACAAGGCCAUGCUGGAGAUCCGGCGCCUGCGGGGCCAGCUGACCACUGCAGAGCUGACAUCCAGCAGAGCCAGCUGGCCCGCGCUGCCCCCACUGCCCUCACACCCGGCGCCCCCUCCAGUCAACGCCGUGUGCCCCGAGGCCGAGCUCUUCGUGGAUCCGAAGAUGCAGCCUCCCACCGAGAGCCAGGUGACCUACCUGCGGCAGAUCGUGACGGCCGGCCUGGGCGACCACCUGGCCCGCAGGGUGCACAGCGAGGAUCUCCUGGACGACAAGUGGAGGAAUGGCUACAAGACCCCUCUCCUGGACGAGCCCGUCUUCAUCCACCCCAGCUCCGUCCUCUUCCGAGAGCUCCCCGAGUUCGUGGUCUACCAGGAAAUCAUGGAGACCACCAAGAUGUACAUGAAAGGUGUCUCCACUGUGGAUGUCCAGUGGAUCCCGGUCCUGCUGCCCUCCUACUGCCAGUUUGACAAGCCCCUGGAGGAGCCGGCCCCCACCUACUGCCCUGAGAAAGGCCGGGUGCUGUGUCACCGUGCCAGCGUGUUCUAUCGCGUGGGCUGGCCGCUCCCCGCUGUGCAGGUGGACUUUCCGGAGGGCGUCGACCGCUACAAGCACUUUGCGCGGUUUCUGCUGGAAGGGCAGGUCUUCCGCAAGCUGGCGGCGUACCGGAGCUGUUUGCUGUCCAGCCCCAGCACAAUGCUGAAGACGUGGGCCAGGCUGCAGCCCAGGACACAGAGUCUGCUGAGCGCCCUCGUGGCCGAGAAGGCCGACUGCCGCGACGCCCUGCUGGCCGCGUGGAAGAGAAGCCCCAAGUACCUGCUGACCCAGUACUGCGAGUGGCUCCCGCAAGCCAUGCACGCCGACGUCGAGAAGGGCUGGCCCCCGGCCUCUGACCCCUGAGCCGACGCCUGCCUCUGCCGAGGACUGGGGACAGGGAGUGCAGUGCGCUGCCGCUGGAACCACCUGGCAUGGUCACCUGACCACCCCCUGCUCACCAAGGCCCUGGGCGAGCCUCGUCCACCCCACGUGGAUUCUGGACGAGCCCGUGGGCCUGGACACUGGUCCUGGCUGUGUGUCGGGUGCUGCGGGGAGACUGUCUCAUGGUGGGUGAGGACUUCAGGUCACAGGUGGACCCUGUGGUGAAGACGCUCUGCACCACGCUCACCCUUGGGGAGCAUGGCCCGGGGUGUCUGCAGGCCCUUCCCCGGCACUGUGGAGCCCCUCCCUACGGGAAGGGGGCCCAGGGCCACCCAGAAGACGGGCCCACCCACAGGGAAGACGGGCCCUUCCCUGUGUGUGGCUAUGUGGCCAGGGUCGUGUGCCCCUGGUGAUCGGCUCAGACGGCAAGGAGCUGACCUUGGCCAUCUCUCGUCCCCUCUGCCACACCACACUGACGGGACACACACGUGUUCUCUUGGCCUGGAAUGGGCCAAGAGAAAAAAGACACCCCCCCUCUUCUUUUCUAGGGUGGAGGUGGGAGGGAGGGGACAGAGGAGGUCCUCAGGAGAGGAGGAGUGGGAAGACCCCUCGGGACCAAGGGGUCAGGAGCUCUGCCCAGAGCCAUGCUCUGGUCUGGGUGGCUUCUGUCCCAGGCGUCCUGGUUGUGGGCUGUGGUAGGAGUGGUUGUUGAAUAAAAGCGCUCCUGCCACUCAGGCUGUGCUGUGCAGUGACUCAGGGAGAGACUCGGGGGCCUGGCCUGAGUUGUCUGCCCAGCCCCCUCCUGAACCCCCUGGGGGUGGGGGCUUUUCACCUGCCAGGCUCUCAAAGCCCUGGGCAGGGGCCAGCAACGCCCCCGCCCCAUAUCCCUGUGCCUGCUCACUCUGCACCCAGCUUCCUGCUGAUGACCCUGGGGAGGUGGCCGGUGAUGGCUCAACUGCUUGGGCCCUGCCACCCACGUGGGAGACCCAGAUGGUGUUCUUGGCCCCUCACUGCAGUCUGGCCAGUCCUGGCUGGCAUGGCCACGUGAGGGAGUGGACUGAGGUAGAGGGUCUCUGUGUCAGAGUGUGUGUCUGUCUCUCCCUCUCUGUUGCUCUGCCUUUCAAAUAAAUACAUAAAUUUUUUUUAA